AACUAAAGUAGGUCUUUGUGCAUAACUCUAUUAAAGGUAUUUUUGAUUACGUAUGUAGAAAUCCAGUAAGUACAAUUUAAUAAAGUAAUUCGACGAAGGUCGUCUUGGCUUUAGUCAUUACUAGUAAGUUCUUGAAAGUUUAGUAAUGAUAAAUGGAGAGGUGUCGACGAAAUCUCGGGAACGGAGUGUGCGAUUUACGUAUCUAGGGUCUACCAUGAACGGGUCGGGACCGUUGCUUCCUCACAGUUACACUCCAGCACAGAUACAGAAGAAAGACGCCUCCAUGAACCAGUCAUUGGCGACGGCAAUUGGCUCAGCGCCUGUCUUUAAGGCUGGUAUGUCACCGCUGCUAGGCCCCGAGAACACGCUGUGCGAGUGUCCCUUCUGCAGCGCGAGCAUCAAGACCGCGGUGCAGUAUAGUACUACAUCACGCACUCAUAUGGCUGCAGCCCUUUGGUGCUUGGCAUGUUGCCUGUGCUGCGUGCCAUAUGGAUCGGACUCUGCUAAAAACGCGGACCACUACUGUCCCAGCUGUCAUAGAUACUUAGGUACAUACGAAAAGUAAGAAUAAAUAAACUUGAGUGUAAUUUUACU